GAGAGGCAGAGACGCAGAGGGGACUGUCGGCUGGUGCAGGCAGAACCAAAAGAUAUUUAAUCAGCAAUUAGAAACACCUGAGGGCAAGGGAAAUUCUGCUCCAGCCCUGAGCUUCAUCUCUCAACCUGCAGCAUUGUGAAAGGGAAUGGAUUGAGCAUAGAGAGAGGCGGCCUGUCUUGUCCGAUGCUGCACUGCCGGCUGCUUGGCAGAAUGUCCACAGAGGAGCGGCAUCUCACCUCUAGCUGCGGAUCCUUCAUUAAGACUGAGCCGUCCAGCCCAUCUUCUGGCAUUGAUGCCAUCAGCCAUCAUAGUCCCAGCGGCUCCUCUGACGCUAGUGGUGGCUACGGCAUUGCCAUGGGUGGCCACCCGAACGGCCUGGACUCGCCACCCAUGUUCAACGGUGCAGGGAUUGGUGGCGGAUCCUGCCGUAAGCGCUACGACGACUGUGCCAGCGCUAUCAUGGAGGACUCGCCCACCAAGUGCGAGUACAUGCUCAAUGCCAUCCCCAAGAGGCUGUGCCUGGUGUGCGGGGACAUUGCAUCUGGCUACCACUAUGGCGUGGCCUCCUGCGAGGCAUGCAAAGCCUUCUUCAAAAGAACAAUUCAAGGGAACAUUGAAUACAGCUGCCCAGCCACCAACGAGUGUGAGAUCACGAAACGGAGGCGCAAGUCCUGUCAGGCCUGUCGCUUCAUGAAAUGCCUCAAAGUGGGGAUGCUGAAAGAAGGGGUUCGUCUUGAUCGAGUCCGCGGAGGACGCCAGAAGUACAAGAGAAGACUGGACUCUGAGAGCAGUACUUAUCUGAGCUUACAGAUCCCUCCUCCAGCCAAAAAGCCAUUGACUAAGAUCGUCUCCCACUUGCUGGUGGCAGAGCCAGAGAAGAUUUAUGCCAUGCCUGACCCCACCAUGCCGGAGAGUGACAUCAAAGCACUGACAACCCUCUGUGACUUAGCAGACAGGGAACUGGUGGUGAUCAUUGGAUGGGCAAAGCACAUCCCAGGUUUCUCUAAUCUCUCCCUGGGGGACCAGAUGAGCCUCCUGCAGAGCGCCUGGAUGGAGAUCCUCAUCCUGGGCAUUGUAUACCGCUCACUGCCCUACGAGGACAAGCUGGUCUACGCCGAGGACUACAUCAUGGAUGAGGAGCAUUCGCGCCUGACGGGGCUGCUGGAGCUCUACCUGGCCAUCCUGCAGCUGGUGCGCCGGUACAAGAAGCUGAAGGUGGAGAAGGAGGAGUUUGUCACACUCAAGGCCCUGGCCCUUGCCAAUUCAGAUUCCAUGCACAUAGAGGACAUGGAGGCGGUGCAGAAACUCCAGGACCUUCUCCAUGAAGCCCUGCAGGACUACGAGCUGAGUCAGCGCCACGAGGAGCCGCGGCGGGCGGGCAAGCUGCUGCUGACCUUGCCCCUCCUGCGGCAGACGGCCGCCAAAGCGGUGCAGCACUUCUACAGCAUCAAACUGCAGGGCAAGGUCCCCAUGCACAAACUCUUCCUAGAAAUGCUAGAGGCCAAGGUCUGACGGCACUGGUGCCAGCCCACAGCGGCCGGGGAACAAACUAGAAACAAAGACGCAGACAGAGCAAUCCAAACAGCAGCAGGGGCUGGCUUUUAUCUCCAAUCAUUUAUUAUGGAAGAAUUAUUUAACGUCCAACUGUCGGCCUGUCUGCAGACUCAUGUACAGAGGGGGAAACUCUUUUAAUCAGUCACCUGUUUCUCUGUUUUUGUUUUCUCGGUAGGAAGUACCAGAGCGUGCUCACGCUCAUGCACUUGCAGAAGGGGCUGGAGGGAAUGUGGGCCCCAGAGCAGUUACGCUCUCUGCCCUAUCCGGGGAAGCCUGUUCCCCAGCUCCCUCCACCAACUCUGGAGAGGGGAGGGGGGAUUGAAACAGGACAUGAGGAAGCAAAGAGUCAAUAGACUUCAACUACUGGUGUUGUGAGGGGGGAGACAGAGACGGCACCUCCUGAUGUUUGUCAUCUCAUCCCAGCUCACAGGCCCAUGGGGCAGGUGCUUGUUUAGAGAAGAGCCUCAUGGGACCUCUUCACUCAAAAAUGGUUGCCUCCUGCACUCCUCUAGCUACACAUAACACAUGUACAUAGAGGCCCCACUUCCUAUUGGGAAAGAUGCUCCUGCCUAUGUAAAAUAAUCCAUGAUCUUGUACAGUGUGUCAUUAGGCCUGGCUAUUCUAAUCCUGGGGCAAUCCCACAGGCUAGUCAAGUGGGAGGCUCCCUGUUUCAGAGAAUGCAAGUCCCCACUCGCGAGGGGAUGAGCCUGACAUUUUGCUCCGGUGCUGGAUUCACGAUAGUCUCUGCAUCCUCACACAUGGUGCUAAUUAAAAUCCCCUCAUUUCCACCAUGCAGUGCAUCAAAUCUGCCUCGUCAACUCAGAAAAUCGUCCUUCCCCUACUCACAUGACACAAAUACCUGUCUGCAAUAACGGGGCCCAAAUGUAAAUACCCCCCUCUCCCACCCAGGGAUUGCCCAUCCAUUUUUGAGAGAAUGGAUGUUUACCUCCAUAGAUGCUUGGACUUUACUCCACUCAUUGGUUGGGAACAAAGGGAAUUGUCCUUUGGAGAAAACUAUGUACCACAGGCCCAGGAAGCUGCUAGUUGAUGCCAACUGAAAACACAUUUAAUCCCUGACUCCCACUUACCAUUGGCCAUGUCCCUUGCCUCCCUUCCACCCCAAAAAUAAUCAACAGCCCAUCUCAGACUGCUCUAUGGCCUCGUGAGGCCUCAUGGGGCUGGCUCCAAAAGAAAAUAUUUAUUUUCAAGAAACAUUCAUGGAGGUUUGUGCUUCUCUCCUAGGGUUGUCCUACUCCCCACCUCUAACCAGGUUUCUAGAGUGGUUUUCUAGAGGGGAAAUACCCCAACUCCAGCAGUCAGAGGGGAACUUGGGUGGCUGAAGAAAUUGGGGAAGGAAUUUUAGUGACUAUCUCUUCUAGGGCACUUGUUCAAAGCCAGCCUGACACAGUGAUGGCCAAAAAUUAUCUUCUGGCACCAGAUUUGGGACAGGGGUGAAGAGUCUUGGUUAAUUUAUGCAUCCUAAAACUACCAGCAGGACAGGCACUCAUUAAGCCCUUGCUGGCAGUCUCAGGAGAAAGGCUAUGAACUCCCUAGAAGUAGUACCUCUGAGGCAAGGGUGAGGCACAUUAGCAAACAGUAUAGUGGAGCUUGAUCUCCAUGAGAGAAGCAGGCAUCAUUGUUCAGGGCUGUCAUUCAAACAACUUUUGCUAGUGCUACACUCACUCCCUUUCUGGAUCAACCACAUUAGAGAACAGACAGAACAACCCAAUACAAGGCUUAGAUGGCAGAGCCAGCUGUCACUUGGGAGAUGUGCAUCCAUUUCCUCAAGGCCGAGAAUGGACAGCAGCCUUGUGCUUCGAAGAGACGCCGGUGCUGCUCACCAGCUGCUCUGGAAACAGAGACUUUGAUUGUAUAAAACAUCCACGUAAUGCUCUGUGACCUGAGAUGGGAAAAACCUGUUGUCGGCGAGUAGCCAGCUCUGAGUACAUGCUGCACCUUGGCAGCUGUUUCUGGCUGUGUAGCAUCAGGUAAUUUUACUCACAAGCUGGGAUGGGCUCUCCCCAGCACUGUGGCCAACACCCUGGAUUCACUGCCUGUCAAUGCCAUUUCCACCUGGAGCUCUGCAGGCAGCUGCACUGACCUCUGUUCUGAGCAAGCAUGGCCAUGCCUCUUCUGUGCAAAGCACCCUGAUGCAGACCUGGCUGGGGAAGCCCUCAGAAGCGAUUAACAUCAAUGGCCUCAGCCAAAGGUCCCUGCCGGGAGCCUUAUCUCUUUGUUGCAAAAGGGCUUUUCCUACACUGCUACUGGUGUCAAGUAUCAGAGGGGUAGCCCUGUUAGUCUGAAUCUGUAAAAAGCAACAGAGGGUCCUGUGGCACCUUUGAGACUAACAGAAGUGCUCCCAAUACUUCUGUUAGUCUUAAAGGUGCCACAGGACCCUCUGUUGCUCCUGGUGGACAGUUUUUGAGUCACUAAGGGAAAGUGAGCCCCUCAGGAGGGAGAAGAGAGGAAGGAGGGAGCUGCUGAAUCUAGGUCCCGUCCCCCCCAAGGCUGCUGGCUAGUUCAGCCUGAAGAGUUUAGUGGUGUGACUCUUGUAGUGAGAGUGGAGUGUAAAGCUUUUGAAGGUGCUUUCUGCAGUUACCGCCUCACCCUUCUCCCCUAAUGUGCUACCAGUGGAGAUAAGCAAAGCCUAAAGCAGGCUGGAUGUACACACUCUGCCCUCAGAAGAGCUGGAGGACUCUUUCUCCAUUUUAUCUGCAUAACCCUUGUGCCCUUCAGGUCCCCUCACACCCAUAGCUCCAAGAUGACAGACCUUGGACCAAGCCAUAUAAGUAUCUCAAUGGGCUGGAAAAAAACAAUCAGUUUGUUAAUUAAUCACUUUGCCUCUAAGCAAGGGCUGUGAUCUCCCCCCCCCCACCCCGGAAAUGCAAAGGGAACACAUGCCUGGAACAGACCCCCCUCCACCCCCCCCAAAUGGCUCCCCACCUUCUUUAACUAGGAAAGAAGGCCACAGCUCUUUAGCACAUGAGGUAGUCAUAGGAAACCUACACCCAGGCUUACUCUAACCAGCCAAUAUAGCACUAUGACAGCACUACUUAGACUCGGGGGAUGGAUGCCCAGAAGAGCAAUGGCAUUUGGGUUUAUGGGUGUGUCGCACUCCAGGCCUCUCACACUUUGAGAGAGCCUGGGGGGACUGCAGUGACUGCUUAGGCUAGUGUAUGCUCAGCAACAUCUCACACACACUGUAAGUGAUCUAACAAUCUAGUCUUUAAAUAGGAAAGAGGUUCUAGGACAGAUUCCCUGGGAGUCCUAUAGGGAAUUCAUGCCUAGUGUAAGAGUCAUUGAUCUAGUCCUGUACUACUGUAACUUCACAUGGUGUAGGAGAUGCUGGAAUCCAAACUCUGGGAUGCACGUGGUUACUGAGAUAAGUUUAAAACAAGACACAGAGGUACGUGCCUCAACAAGCGUGCAUGAGCAUAAAGCUGAGUCCACCAUUCAUUCACACUAACGGGAGCUACAUCACAGCUCCCGCUCACCACGUACCACACACAGCAAAGCUUUGCAUAGGCAGAUAAACUAAAUAGCUGCCAGCUGCUACAGUCCUACUCAAGAGGGGACAGCGCCUCUUAGUCACAUUCCUCUUGGAAAACAGAGGUCUCUGGCCUCCGGUGCAAACCAAAUUGCACAGGGACCAAUUCAGAUAAAUGGUGAAACACUGCAUGGAACUAGGUUUCUGGGCAAACGGGCAUUACCUCACAGUGAAACUAUGAAGCUACAUAAGAAACACUGAACCACAACCUGGCAGUAUAGUUCAUGCCAAAUAGGGGGCGUUAUUCUCUCUCAUUAACCUGACUGCAUCAAUUUUUGAACUAUUACAAACAUAUUAUAAAAUCAUGCUGCACCAGAAAUAUGUAAGCAACUAUUAAAGGAAAAAUCACUGAGAAAGACCCUAAAAUGUAACUGGCUGAGCUGAGAAAGAGCUUCCACCGUGUAUCCACAAGCUACAACCAGACACAUGGUCAAAGUCCACCCCGUUUCUGUGGCUGCAUUAUAUGGGGAAGCGGGAAAGAGAGGGAGGCUGUGCGAAUGAUGCAGGGCGUUAUAGUCAGACAGUGCAAUAAACAGUAUCUAUUUUACUCAACUAUUAUCUGCUCCUGAAAAACUGUUAAAUAAAUUGUAUUCUUGUGGUACAGGACAUUUCAAACAAAACAAGAAA